AUGGGUCAAUGGGUCAAGGGGGUCGGCGACCAAGUGCUUCAAAUCCGAGUGGGAGAAGACCCACGGGUCACCAGCUGGGAGCAGGCGGCCGAGGAUGGCGGCCUAUCGGGUGCCAAGAUGCCCUCGCUGCUGGACUGCAGCGCUGCGGCGGUUUGCGCGGGAUCCGAAGCCGUUCUGGAGUUGUACGGCAGCAACCUGCUUCAGCCGCAUUUCAAGGGGUACGGCACCGCGGCGGCGGAGCUGGACGAGCUGAUGCAGUACAGCGCCAACCGCAGCACGAGCAGUAGCGGUGGCUUGGGGAUCGGGCAGCAACCUCCAACGCCCCCUCAACAGCAGCAGCAGCAGCAUGAACGGCAGAGGCUAAUCACCGAUCUGGGCCAAGUCCUAGAGGUAUACACAGCGGCGAUUAGGGCCGCUGCCGCCGCCGCGGCGGCGGCGGCCGCCGCCGCCGCCGCCGACGCGGCGUCACCCUCCAACCGUCCCGAAGGCGACGUUGCUGGCGGAAGCAGCAGCGCGGUGCUUGCCAAUGGCGGCGCAGCGUCGUCGCCCGACUCGCCGUCGUCCGUCGACAGCAGCAGCGGCGGCAGCGGCGGCGGCGCCGCCGCUGCUAGCGGCGGCGGCAGCAGCAUCACCACGACCGCUACCAGUCAGGCUGGCGGGUGGGGUUACACGGACGCGUCUGAGUCUCUGUCGGCCACGGCGCCCCACCCGUUCCCGUCCCCGUCCCCGGGCGUGUUCCUCAUUCUAGGUAUGGUAAUGGGAGCGACGCCGUCGGGGGUGUUCGCUGCGGCGGCGGCGGCGCCGUCAGCAGCGGCGGCGGCGGCGGCGGCAGGGGCUGUCAGAGGUCCCGCGGGCAUGUCGUUGCUGCAUUUGGCUGUCGUACUGGACGACGGCGGCGCCAUGGCCAAGCAUCUGAUUUCUACACAGCCAUGGGCGGCCUGGUCGUGUUUGUGCUUGGGCUGGGCCCCACCCGUCCCCCUGGCCGCCUUACAUACCGAUAGACCUGCCGCGGCGGUCCCGCUGGCUGCCGCCACGGCGGCGGCGGCGGCGGCGGCGGCAGCGGACAGCGCUCAGAGCGACAACGGAGUUGCGUUCCAGCCGACAGUGGAUGACGAUGCCGCUGGCAGCGGCGGCGGCGUUGAUAGGGCGCCGCCAGUGGAACUGACCCCUGGGUCGCUGUCGCUCCUUUUGGGUCGGACGGAACUGCUGGCGUCUGCUCUGUCACGGCUGGUGCUUGCGGAUGACGAUUUGGUAGCGGUAGGGCCCGAGAUGUCUGUGCAGGGAGGAGUGGGCUUUGGUAAGCGGGACAAGGGGCUGUCCAGGGUGGGGGUGGGGGUCGGGGCGGUGGUGGUGGUGGUGCCCCUGGUUGUCGAGAGUGGGGAUUUCGAUGCAGCCUGUUAG